AUGGAAAAGAGAAAAUCCGCAACGUCAGCACCCACACAGACACCCACACCCGCGCCACACCUCCAGCACCCACACUCCCCACCCACGCCACACCUCCAGCACCCACACAGACACCUACACUCCCCACCCACGCCCACGACGCACCUCCAGCACCCACCCAGACACCCGCGCCCACGACACACCUCCAGCACCCACCCAGACACCCACGCCCACGAUACACCUCUAGUACCCACCCAGACACCCACGCCACGACGCACCUCCAGCACCCACACACACCCACGCCCACGAUACACCUCCAGCACCCACACAGACACCCACGCCCACGAUACACCUCCAGCACCCACCCAGACACCCACGCCCACGAUACACCUCUAG